UUCGCUGACUGCUGAACGUGGAUGAGUGUUGUGCAUGUUUUUGUUCUCUAGUAAAAUUUCAAAUUUAUUUAUUUCAAUUAAUAUAAAUAAGUGAUUAAAUUUCAAUUAAUUUUUAAAUACUAAGGAAAAAUAUUUGUGAUUAAUACCGCGCAAUUUAAAAAAGAAAAAAAUUUCUACUCACAUUUAUUGUUAUCGAUUUGUGUCGAUGUUAUUUGCGUAGGUGGUUUUUUUUUGUUAUUAUGAUUUUGGAGUAUAAGUGACGCCCAAAGUGUUAACUCUUUAUUGGGAUUCCAAGGAAGAUGAUGGGUGUUAAGAUGCUGUCACAGACGCCUGACAUUAUUCCCACGUCUCUUAAUCAGCAAAAAUGUGUAAAGGCACGUGCGCUCUAUGACAAUAUAGCAGAAGCACCAGACGAGCUGGCAUUUCGCAAAGGCGACGUCCUCACAGUUUUGGAGCAAAAUACCUCAGGAUUAGAAGGCUGGUGGUUAUGCUCCCUGCGGGGCAGGCAGGGAAUAUGUCCAGGAAAUAGACUAAGACUGCUAGUGGGUCAGUACGACACCGGAGGAUGCCUAGGGGGCAGCAGAGCGGACCUCACCCUAGCAGAAGAUGGAUUACAACGUCAUGGAAAACGACGGAGUUGGCACGUGCAGCCAAAUAGAGUGGUGACCCCGCAAAAAUGUGGAGAUGUUUAUUUGUAUGACUUGCCAGUUAAUAGAUCAAGUCCAGCACCUUCUUCACGGCGAGAUUCUCCUCUCAAUUCUACAGAUCAUCUUCAUAACACAAGUCGUUUGUCCAGCGGCCAGCAGAGUUCUAUCGACAGCGGGGGUGACGUCAGUGAUUGCUACGACGUACCACCACGAGCUACACCAGUAAUUCCAUCUCCUGCAAGCAGUCCAAGUCCCGCGCCUUCUUGCUAUGACACUCCACGACCGCCGACAUCAUGUACCCCCAAUUCAAAUUAUUCUGGCGGUUCCGGUGUCACCCCAUUGGACUGCUACGACAUUCCUCGGCCACUCCAGCCCCUCACCCCCAGUAGCUCGGCCUCGAGUCUCACUAAUGAUGGAUCACUCAGUGGUUCCAACAGAUCCAGCAUCACUGCACCCGAUUACGAUAUUCCUCGGCCGCGUCUUCCAUCAAAUUCAAAAUAUAAUUCAUCCGUUCAUAAAAUAUCGGCUACUUCACCCUCGUCGCAUAAUUUACAGCAACAACAGCAGCAGCGACAACAAAUUUACGAUGUUCCCGUCAACCGAGAACUGCCAUUAGAGUUGGAUUCUGCGCUAGAAGGACUCGAGAAGCUACAGAGUGAAGCCUCUGCUGCUAUUGCGAGACUUCUAGGAUUCGUCAGUCCCGGAUGGCGGACACCACAGCGACUUGAUGUAACUCUCAUGGACUUGAGGCUUGCAGCUCUAAGACUCAGGACUUCACUCCAUGAUUUAGCGGAAUUUGCUGAGGGUACACUAGGCAAUGCCAGUAAAGCACCAGAUAAAGGUUUAGCGAACAAGUUUAGGCCACUAGUCAAAGCUCUAAGAGAUUCAGAUAAACUUGUCAAGGAAGCGGCUUGGAAACUAGACGCCAUGGAAUGGGACGCGGGAAAAUUGUCGAGAAUUAAUGAUGCGCCGAUUUCAAAUAAUUCCUCACCUUCUUUCAAUUCUUCCAUUCAUCCGGAUCCGCUUGAUCAGUUGAUUGCGUGCGCGCGAGCACUGACGGAAGACGUCCGGCAAAUCGCGAGUUUUAUUCAGGGAAAUUCGACGCUUUUAUUCAAACGGUCGUCGAUUAUUUCAACUGGUACCGCGGGCAACAGCACUGAAGAUGACGAUUAUGUAAAUCUUGACUCGCGUGAAACCGUAGCGAAGCAGAGAGAAGAAUUGCGUGCAACUUUGCCUCAAGAAUUACGAAGCAGUUACGAUCUUCUUGUUUCUGAAGCUGAUAAUGCGGCUAUUCAGAUGCCAGCUUCCACGCCCACACCCAUGGAUCCUAAUGAUAAACAGCUCUUGGCAUUCUACGUCGCACAAGUGAUAACUCACGGUGCGCAUCUGACUCACGCCAUUGACGCUUUUCUUCAAACUGUCGAACACAAUCAACCGCCAAAGGUUUUUCUGGCACACGGUAAAUUUGUCGUCCUCAGCGCACACAGGCUAGUACACAUUGGAGAUACAGUCCACAGAAAUGUGACUCGAAAUGAUGUGAGAACAAAAAUACUCGAAUGCGCAAAUUCUCUGAGCGAAGCACUUGCUCAGACCGUAUUGAAAACUAAACAGGCGGCUCAAUUUUUUCCAAGUGUCACCGCUGUUCAGGAGAUGGUUGACAGUGUCGUUGAUGUAUCACAUCUAGCCAAAGAUCUCAAAGUGGCUAUGAUUCAUGCGGCGCAGCAACCUUAAGAAAAACAAUCAUACAAUCGACAUGUUGAUUGAAUACAAAUUGUCCUCGACGGGGCUGAGUACAAAUGCAAUGUACUCUUAAAGUAACUCUUUACCUCAUCCCAGUUUCGAUCCACCAGUAGCGAUGUUAGUGGCCUAAAAAUUAAUGAGUAAAUUAUACUACAGCAUACAGUACUGCCAAAGCAUAUAUGCGUAGACGAUGAAACUUGAUACGUUCCAUCGAUUUAAUUAAAAAAAAAAAAAAAAAAAAGAAAAAAAAAAAGAAAAUUUAUAUAUUGUAGAGGCCUUUCGGAUCUAAUAGAUGUAUCAGUUGAUUUAAAAAUUCAAAAAAUAUGAAUAGUGAGCUAAUAGAACUGAAAAAUUGUAUUUAAAUUUUUAGAAAUUUGUCUUUUCAAUUUUGUAUUUUUAAUAGUGACAAAAGCUUUAAACUUUUGUUUUUAUAAUAUAUAUUUACAAUUGAAUAUUUUCAAAAAAAAGAACCAAAAAAAAAUAAUAUCUUUGAUAUUUUUUCGUGAUAAAUAUAUAAAUUUUUUUGAUAAAAAUUUUUAAACCCGACACUUUUUAUAUUUUUUAUCAGCUAAGGUGAUUUUGUUUGAUAAAAUACUUACAAUUUUUUUUUAAUAAUGGUAACAACGAUACUUAAAUAUCUGCAGAAUAUUUAUAUCAUGCAGUAGACUGAUUUUAUAGAACAAAAAAACUAUUUAUCAAAAUCACAUCAACCUUCCACUAAAAAAAAAUUUUGUAAGUAUUUGUAAUUGCCGCUUUUAUUACUUACUUACAAGUGAGUUUUGUAUAUUAUGACGUACAAUUUUAUCAAAUUGUUUGUUAGGGUGGUCAUUAAGAAUUCCAUUUUCUCAGACGUCGUAUAAAAAGCUCUUUUUAGUGAAAAAAAUACCUGGGGAAUAGUUUUUUAAUCUUAAGUAAAAAAAAAACACGUGCCUCUAGACGAUCAAAGUUCAUUUUCCGAUACGAUCGCGGUUUUUUUUAAAUAUCUCAUGAAAUAUGCAGAUUAAUGGAAAAAGUCAUAGGAACAAUUUUGUAGGAAAUUAAAUUUCGGACAAAAAUGGUCAUAUUCA